GUUUAGGUUUGACAUAACAAAAAAUAAGAAAAAUGGCUGCGAUUGGAAUGUGUGAAACUCCUGGCUGCAAAUCCGUUGCACAGCUUCAAUGUCCGACGUGUAUAAAACUGGGUAUACAGGGCUCGUUUUUCUGCAACCAAGACUGUUUCAAGAAAUCGUGGAAGAAUCACAAAAUUAUCCACUCGUUGGCGAAGGGUGAGAGUACUGAUGGAUCGAACGUGGAGUAUAAUCCUUGGCCGUCGUAUACAUUUACGGGGAAGUUGAAGCCGUACCCGCCGGGGCCGAAGCGCACGGUGCCGGCUCAUAUCGGUCGUCCGGACUAUGCGGACCAUCCGACCGGUUUCCCGGCUUCAGAGAACGCUGCGAAGGGUUCCGGUCAGAUAAAAGUGUUAGAUGAUGAAGAGAUCGAGGGCAUGCGCGUCGCCUGCCGCCUGGGUCGGGAGGUGCUGGACGAGGCAGCCAAAGCCUGUGGUGUAGGAGUGACAACUGAUGAGAUUGACCGUGUGGUCCACGAGGCUUGCAUUGAAAGAGAGUGCUACCCGAGCCCGCUCAACUAUCAUAACUUCCCAAAUAGCUGUUGUACGUCCGUCAAUGAAGUCAUCUGCCAUGGCAUACCUGAUAGCCGUCCUUUAGAGGAUGGUGAUGUCUGCAAUGUGGAUGUCACUGUUUACCACCGAGGUUUCCAUGGCGAUUUGAAUGAGACAUUCUUUGUAGGGAAUGUUCCGGAAUCCAGCCGUAAACUAGUGCAGGUCACAUAUGAGUGCUUACAGAAAGCUAUAGAGAUAGUGAAGCCGGGAGAGAAGUACCGGGAGAUUGGGAAUGUGAUUCAGAAACAUGCGCAAGCUAACGGGUUCAGUGUGGUGCGGUCGUACUGUGGUCAUGGAAUACACAGGCUGUUCCACACGGCACCAAAUGUGCCACAUUAUGCCAAAAACAAAGCAGUGGGAGUGAUGAAGCCGGGCCACUGCUUCACUAUCGAGCCGAUGAUCAAUGAGGGCGGCUGGCGGGACGAGCAGUGGCCGGAUCACUGGACCGCCGUCACCGCCGACGGCUCACGCUCCGCUCAAUUUGAACAAACGCUGCUGGUGACGGAGACAGGGUGCGACAUCCUGACGAAGCGCGCCGCCGGCCGGCCGUGGUUCAUGGACCAACUAGAGAAGCUCAAUAAGUCCUAGUCGUCUAUCUACCUGCCAACUAUCCACUGAGGUGAUGCACUUACUUUGGUCUAACUUUGACACACCACUUUCAAAACAAGGGGAAGGCAGAGGUGUAUAGUCCAUGGUAUACCCACUCCUUACCAGCUACAUUUAAGUCCACACACUACAUGUAGUAGGGGCGAGCCUAUUGCCAAUAACCGGGCACGAAUCCAGGAAACCACGUGAUAUCAAUUAACUAUGAUACUGGGCUAUAUUAAUGCCCUUACAAAAGCAUUUUAUAUCGCUAUAAAAUGCUUUUGUAAGGGCAUUAAUCAAAUCGCUUUCUUGAUUAAUGGCCCUGCUUCUAAGCAUAAGUAAAAUUAUCACCACAAAUCUUAGUGGUAAAUUUUAAAAAGAGUAACUGAUUUGUUUCCCUAUUUGUGGUAGGUACCCAGGUAGAGUGAUGCGUCAUAAGUUAAACUUAAUAAUUACUUAAUAGUCGGAAUAGCGUUCCUAAAUGGCUGGUGAAUUGGUUUUGAUGUGUCAAUAUUAUUGAUGAAGUUAAAUGUUGAAGUUUCCUAUUCAGGAAAGUUGGUAUUGACCAAACACCUAACAUAAUCUAUAGCCAUAGAUAUACACAACGCAAGAUAAGUCUUUUCUGUGAAAAUUGCCCUCUUGAUAGUUAUCUUAGAGAUCUAGGAAAACAAGGUACUCUUAAGUCUUUAUUAAAGUGCAAUAUAGUUUUUAUUCAAUUAGGCAUAAUAUAAUCUGCAUGAAUGUUUUACCUUAGUGGAUCGGUGGUAAAUAUAGAUUAGAUAAAAUGAUUACUAAAGGAAAACUAAAUGAUAAUAAUAACUUUGUACAGUUUUCUUUUUAACAUGCAUACUUAUUAUGGAUAAUGUUUUAUACGAAAUUGUUGUGUUUUCUAGUUGUACGAACAACUGUGGUCGUUGGUGACGUAAUGUUUUAUAUUACUCGUAUGAAGUGUCGCACAAAAAUACGCGGUCUAUCCGCCGUUGAAUAAUGAAAAGUGAUUUUCAUAAAUUUCAUAAAUUUGUAAAUUUGCAUAGUGGUUAAUCAAAAUAAAUGGAUUCAAUAACA